AAAUCUAAAACUGCGCGAGUAGCACUAGGGAUACACUUUUACCCUAUACAAAUUAGAAAGGCGUAAUAUUUGCCCAUUUCCACUUAGAUUUUAGACCUAAUGAAGUUUCGUUUUUUCAUUCCUUCAAAACGGUAGAUUCUAAAAUUGCAGUCGUCCAGUUAAAAACACUGGGAAUUUUCGGUGCUUAAAGCGGUUGCCAGAGAUCUUAAGUUCCAUAUACGCUGCGGAAAGGCCGAGGACAUUAGUUUAAUUUAAUUAGGAGUUUAUUUCCAACAAUAAAUUUAAUGAGUUAAAGAGGGAAUUAGUUGAAGUCUAUGUUGGAGAGGGGAAGUGUAAAUUGUUACUGGUUUGUAUUGAGUUGAGGCAAUGCCUCGUAUAAGUGCAGUGGACUGCACAGGCUGCCCUCCACUCAGAGUACUCUCAUUUGAUGUUUUGGGCCUCGUCAAAGUAAUCGAGGUGCGUGGAGAAAAGGGAACGCCCGAGGUUGUUGAAAAAUGGGGGCAGCCGGAUUCUGAGCGUUCUAUUUUAGCCACUUCUCUCUCUGCUCAUACCCAAAAUCCUAGGCUUGGGAUUGGAAGAAAACAUGGAGUGGUAGAAAUACUUGAUCCAACAAAUGGAACUGUUUACAGUUCAUGUGAGAUUGGUUCUACUGAGCCCUCCAAAUCAGCUGAUGGCCGCAGGCUGGAUAAUGAUCACAUCGUUGGCUUGCACGUGUUUGGGAGAAACAGCUCAAACAAAUUUUUUGUGUGCACUGAGAAAGGGAAUGCUAUUAUUAGAUCCUUUGAAGAAGAACAUUCACAUGCAAUUUCCAUUCUACUUGAUUCUCCACGUGGCUGGAAAAUAUGUGGAUCUGGGAGUGUAUCAUGUUGCCAGGUUGAUGGAAGUGAGAAAUAUGUUGCCUGUGGAGGAAAAGGCAUUGAAGUGAACACUUGGGAUCUGGAAAAAGCAACCAAGCUGUGGACUGCAAAAGCGCCUCCACGAAACAGUAUGGAUCUAUUCGCUCCAACAUGGGUCACUGCAGUUACUUUUUUAAAUAAAGACGACCACCGGAAGAUUGUGAUUGGUACUUGCCAGCAUGAGGUGCGCCUCUAUGAUAUAGCUGCACAAAGAAGGCCUACUCUUUCUUUUAGCUUUCAAGAGCACCCAAUCAAAGUUGUGGAAGAAGAUCUAGAUGGAUAUACAGUUUAUGUAGGAACCGGAUCUGGUGAUAUGGCUUCCUUUGACAUGCGGACAGGAAAGAUACUCGGUUCCUUCAAGGGAAAAUGUUCUGGAAGCAUUCGUUCUAUUGUGAGGCAUCCAGAGUUGCCGCUGAUUGCUUCAUGUGGAUUAGAUCGCUAUUUACGUAUAUGGGAUGCAAAGACAAGGCAACUUCUUGCAUCGGCAUAUCUGAAGCAACAACUCAUCAGUGUUAUUAUUGAUUGCAAUUUUAUUGCAGCAAAGCCAGCUAUUGACAAGGAGGCGACAGAUGUAAAUUUGGACAAGAUUGAAUGUGACAUAAAUAAUGUGGAUGAUAUAGAAAGAAAUAAGUUGUCCGCUGGAUCAAAAAGGAAAUCAUCUAAAAGAGAUGAGAAGAAGCAUAAAGCAAAAGUUGGAAGGGAUGCCAAAGUAACAAAGAAAAGCAAAAUUAAGUUAUAGUUUCUUUUUCGUGUUCGGGUGGUUUAAAGAGUUAUUUGAUGUGCAAAGCUAAGCACAAGGUUUUUGCUAUUAUGUUAUUUGAUUGGGUGUUUUAAGUAUGUGAUGGUUGUGACAAUGUUGUAGUCAAAAACUAAUUCUAGGCAUUCAUGAGGCCAAUGAUAGGUGUUUGAUAGAAACAUCUUUGUUCUAUUUUGGAGAAUCUAAAUGGCCAGGCUAGUUCACUUUUUUAGCUUAUAUGCUGGGUAAAGUCUCUUUUUGUAUUUGUUGCAAUAGACAUCUUAAUUGGCUUGCCAAGAAAUAAAAACCCUGAAUUUUUGUUUCUAA